AUGAAGUUAUCUUCCAACAAGCUGGCCUUGUUGUCAGUGAUCCCCGGCCUCGUCCCAUGGGUGUCUGCUCGUGUUGUCCAGUUCCAGAUUGAUCUGACCUAUGAGGAUCAUGAGGUUGCUGGCUUCGUGCGCAAGACAAUUCUCAGCAAUGGACAGUUUCCCGGCCCUCACCUUCAGUUGAAGCAGGGUGACGACGUGGAAUUUCUGGUGAACAAUUCGAUGCCCAUGGCGACCACUGUUCAUUUUCAUGGCAUUGAGCAGAAGGGCACGCCAUGGUCGGACGGUGUCCCAGGGUUGACCCAGGAGCUCAUCCAGCCUGGAGAGCAGUACCUGUACACCUGGACUGCCACUGAGUAUGGCACCUACAUCUACCACUCUCACUCAAGGGCCUUGCUGGAUGAUGGGUUAUAUGGCUCCAUCUACAUCGAGCCCGCGGAAUCAGUCGAGAGGCCGUUUGGGUUGAUCACCGAUAACGCAGACGAACUGCAGGCGAUGCUGGAUGCAGAGCAAAACACGCGGCCGAUCCUGCUUUCGGACUGGAAGCACUUUGAUUCGACGGAGAUCCUACAGCUGGAGCAAGACUCCGGCGUGGAAAGUCUUUGCACCAGCGCCGUUCUGGUUAACGGCAAAGGUUCCGUCUUUUGUCCGGGACAGGAGCAUAUCAAUGCCAUCACCACCGCCGUUCAGAAGCAGAUCUUGGGCAAUGCUACUCUGACUGAUAUGGGAUGUCUUCCUCCAGAGGCCCUCUACGGCGAUACUUAUGACAUUGAUGUCAGCAAACUUCCAGCUGGAUACUAUGAAGGCUGUAUGGCCAGCCAGGGGCCUACCGAAGUGUUCAGUGUGGGUACGGGCUAUCAGAGCUUUGAUCUGAUCAGCAUGGGCGGAGUCACCGCGCUGGUGUUCUCUAUCGACCAGCAUCCCAUGUAUGUCUACGCGGUGGAUGGCCGCUACGUCGAGCCCAUGCUGGUUGAUGCCAUCACAGUUCCCAUCGGAGCACGCUACUCGGUUCUUGUCAAGUUGGAUCAGCCUGCUGCCGACUACACCGUCCGCAUUGCGAACAGCUACUCGACCCAGGCCAUCAACGGGACGGCUGUCAUCUCCUACGCGAAACAAGACUCAAGUGCCUCCAACAGCCUUGACCCUACACCUCAGCCUUAUAUCACGGAAGGCGGCGGCAACGCCACAGCCAGCACGGUCUUUCUGAACGAGACCAACGUGGUUCCCUUCCCCGUGGUCGCGCCCGCUGCCAGCGCUGACCACACAUAUAUCAUCAACGUCGAGCCCUACAACGCAUCGUACACGUGGGAAAUGCACAACGCCAGCUACGCGGCAUCGAACGAGAAGCUCUACCCGGUUUUAUAUAACCGCAGCUCCAUCCCCGCGCAGUAUACCGUGUCCACGCUGAACAACACCUGGGUGGAUCUUAUCAUCAACAUCACGACUGCCGGCCAGCCAGCCCAUCCCAUCCACAAGCACUCCAACAAGUACCAUGUUAUCGGUUCAGGCCAGGAGCCGUUCACGUACUCGUCCGUGGCCGAGGCCAUGCAGUACAUUCCGCAGAACUUCAACUUGGAGACGCCGCCGAUGCGCGACACCUUCUUCUCGCCGGCCUCGGCGACGGGACCGACCUGGCUGGCGCUGCGAUACCAGGUGGUCAACCCCGGUCCGUUCCUGAUGCAUUGCCAUCUGCAGAUGCAUCAGACCGGAGGCAUGGCGCUGGCUUUGCUGGAUGGGAUUGACGCGUGGCCGAACACGACUGAGCAUCGAAUGCCAGUUAAGAUGAGGUCUUGA